CUCUCUCUCUCUCUCUCUCUCUCUGUGUGUGUGUGUGUGUGUGUGUGUGUUUUAAGUGAAAAACGAAAGCAGUAUGCAGUCAGUGCUGCUGAAGUGGAAGAUAAUGCUUCUUUGUUGGUCCAUGUUGUUGCUCUGUCUCUCCACCAAUGCGGAGAACAUUGCAUUGCAAAGAGAGUCCGGUGAGAGCAUCACCUUGAAGUGUUCCUCUGCAGGAUGUCUCAACAACAUCAAAGAUUUUGUUGGGAUGUAUCUGUAUCGAAGUGUUGAGAACAGGGAGAACGUGAUUUACUAUCAUCCUAAUCCAAACUCCGUGGACAAGAUCACCCCGGGUAUAAGAUACAAAGACAGGAUUCAGACAAAAGGAUCUCUGGAGAGCCACACCAUCAUCAUCAGCAACCUGACCACCAAUGACUCUGGUGUCUACAGCUGUGUGUACAUAAAGUUUCCCACAGGUGAAGCCCGAUGCAACGUCUACACUGUUGCUGUAAAAGUUCACACAGUGGCAGAAGUUACACCACGUCACACUCCUGAUAAAGUCACUCCUGAUAAAGUCACUCCUGAUAAAGUUGCCAACAUGCACCAUGAGAACCAGCAAUGUCCACUCCUGGUGCCAAUCGUCACUUCGUGUGCCAUCAGCAUGCUGGUAACGAUGAUCUUCAACCUGCUGAUCGUCCUGAAGGUGAAACAUUGGAUUUGCAGCAGAAGCGCCCAGCAGGCCCCCAGUAAUCAUGUGUACGAAGUUAUGACCAAGAACGAAGUCGGCCCUUAAGCAGCUCCGGAGGAGUUGUUGUGAAGCCUGAAUCAAACAUUAUCUGCUUGAUGAUCAUUGAAUCAACUUUUCAGAUGAUUUCAAUCAACUUAUUUGUUUGUGAUGCUCCUGUUCUGACUAUGUUUGACUGCUUCAUUCCUUUGUGCUUUCGUGAAGUGCUUUGUGGUCUCAACUCAUACCACAAGUGUCAAAAGUAUCAUUCUGAUACUGAGAGGACUUUAGGUGUUAACCAUUUGAAUGGCUCUUAAACAAUUAAUGCUGUAUAAUAACCACAAUAAACCAGAAACCUUGCAGAGUGAUCAGGCUAUUUAUAAUAACACAUAGUAAUAUUUGAAGGGAAAUACUCUGAUGGUUAAUCAAAGCCACAUGUGAGUGAUUCUGCAGAAACAAACAUGAUGAACAGGUGAGAUAUGUAAAAGGAAGUGUGAUUAAAAAGAAACCAGAGCAGGAGGUUAAAAUCAGCACAAUGAUCAGAUUAGAUCAGAUUAUUGAUUUGUUUAAAUUUGAUGGGGGUGGGUCGAUAUUUUUCAUAAAUGUAGAGUUCUCACAUGAUACUAAAUAAAAUCUAAUAUCAUCCAUAUAUUCACAAUGUGUUAUUUGUAUUCAAUAUUGAUAGUGACUGUAAAUCAUAUUACUGUUAAUAAUUGUAGCUGUUUAUCAUUAUAAGAGAGGUAAUUACAAAUAAUAAUAUAUUUUUAUCUAUUGUGAUUUUUUUAAUAAUAUUUUGCUUUUUUACUUUUAUUACUUUUGAUGCAUUUAUGAUGCAACAUUUGUGCUGUUGAAUCAAACUUCAUAGUGAUAUCUGUAAAGCGUUUACCUAAUGAUGCCAGACGUUUCUCUGAAAAGAAACAGUUUUAUCUCCAUCUGUGGUAUCGUAGCAUGUAUGUGGCUUUACUGUACAAACAAAUAUAUAUGAAUAUAUAUUCAAUAA